AUGUCAAGUUCACCAACGACGUUAAUAAGAGAACAAAAAAGUCCACCAGCAGAAGCGACUGAUUCAGGCGACCAACGAUGCAAGUUCACCAGCAGAGCGACGAAGGGCAGAGCCAGCCAGGCCGAAGAAGAAAAGAAACACUUCCUUCUGAUAGUAGUGAGGGCGUCAGGUGACCAACGAUGUCAAGUCCACCAGCAGAGCGACGUUAAUGCGAGACCGAAGGCAGAGCCAGCCAGGCCGAAGAAGAAAAGAAAACCUUCUGAUAGUAGUGAGGGCUUUCUUCAUAUCUAUCUAUCUAUCUAUCUAUCUAUCUAUCUAUCUAUCUAUCUAUCUAUCUAUCUAUCUAAUUUAAUUUUUCAUAUCUACCAAUUGUUACACUUUGAUAUAAAACGGGCUACCGAUUCCUCUCUCGCUCACUCUCUCUCUAUCGUUCUCUUUCUCACUCUCUCUCGCACUCGCUCUCUUUUUCUCUUUCUCUCUCUUUCUUUUGCUCUUUCUUUCUCUCUUUCCCUCUCCCCGCCUCUCUCUCUAUCAAGUCUGCACAAAGGAAAAAUAUUCUUUGUUGAUGUAGUGUUUAAUCGACCUUGUUCAAAUAGCUGCCAUUAUAACGUUCUUUGUGGCUUUCUUUAA